GGACUGUUGGCUGCGGGGCUGGAAGUCGGGCAGAGGGCCUAGAGGUUGCGGGAGAGCUCUGUGGGCGGAGCGAACCAGCCUGCAGGUCCCCGGAAGGAUCCGCAGAGCCUAGGGUGGGCCUCGCCAGGGAGCGAGAGGGUUGAAGUUCCAGUGUGGUCCCCACAUCAGGGCCAGAAGGAGCCCACGAGUUACCUAGGGAUCUCUGGGAACUGCCUCGUGACUGUUCGAGAAGAUGCCGUACCUGGGCUCCGAGGACGUGGUGAAGGAGCUGAAGAAGGCUCUGUGUAACCCUCACAUUCAGGCUGAUAGGCUGCGCUAUCGGAAUGUCAUCCAGCGAGUGAUUAGGCACAUGACUCAGGGCUCGGACAUGUCUGGUGUUUUCAUGGAAAUGGUGAAGGCCAGUGCCACUAUAGAUAUUGUUCAGAAGAAGUUGGUUUAUCUCUACAUGUGUACCUAUGCCCCCCUGAAACCAGAUCUGGCUCUCCUGGCCAUCAAUACACUGUGCAAAGACUGUUCAGACCCCAACCCGAUGGUGCGAGGGUUGGCACUACGGAGCAUGUGUAGCCUCAGGUUGCCUGGUGUGCAGGAAUAUAUCCAACAGCCAGUUCUCAACGGUCUGCAUGAUAAGGCUUCAUAUGUCAGGAGGGUAGCAGUCCUUGGCUGUGCCAAGAUGCAUACUCUUCAUGGAGACUCUGAAGUGGAUGGUGCCCUGGUAAACGAAUUAUAUAGUUUGCUGCGUGACCAGGAUCCAAUUGUGGUUGUGAACUGCCUGAGGUCUCUGGAGGAAAUUCUGAAACGGGAAGGAGGUGUUGUCAUCAAUAAGCCCAUCGCCCACCAUCUCUUAAAUCGAAUGUCAAAACUGGACCAGUGGGGCCAGGCUGAAGUAUUGAACUUUCUGCUACGCUACCAACCCCGCAGUGAGGAGGAGCUGUUUGACAUUCUCAACCUGUUGGACAGUUUUCUCAAGAGCAGUAGCCCAGGUGUGGUGAUGGGAGCCACCAAACUCUUUCUGAUCUUGGCAAAAAACUUCCCCCAUGUGCAAACUGACGUGCUCAUGCAAGUCAAGGGAACUUUGCUGGCUGCCUGUUCUUCAGAGAGCCGCGAGCUCUGUUUUGCUGCCCUCUGCCACGUGCGCCAGGUCCUGCACAGUUUGCCGGGUCACUUCAGCAGCCACUACAAAAAGUUUUUUUGCUCCUACUCGGAGCCCCACUACAUCAAGCUCCAGAAGGUGGAGGUGCUGUGUGAGCUGGUGAACGACGAGAACGUGCAGCAGGUGCUGGAGGAGCUUCGUGGGUACUGCACCGAUGUGUCUGCCGACUUUGCGCAGGCUGCCGUCUUUGCCAUGGGUGGCAUCGCCAGGACCUACACGGAUCAGUGUGUGCAGAUUCUAACAGAGCUGCUGGGGCUUCGACAAGAGCACAUUACCACAGUGGUUGUGCAGACUUUCCGAGACCUGGUUUGGUUGUGUCCUCAGUGUACAGAAGCUGUGUGUCAGGCCCUGCCCGGCUGUGAAGAGAGCAUUCAAGAUAGCGAGGGGAAGCAGGCACUUAUUUGGCUACUCGGUGUCCAUGGGGAGAGAAUCCCCAAUGCUCCUUAUGUGUUGGAAGACUUCGUAGAGAAUGUGAAGUCGGAGACAUUUCCAGCUGUCAAGAUGGAGCUGCUCACGGCUCUGCUGCGCCUUUUCCUCUCUCGACCCGCCGAGUGCCAGGACACGCUGGGCCGUUUGUUAUACUACUGCAUAGAGGAAGAAAAGGAUAUGGCAGUACGGGACCGAGGUCUCUUCUACUAUCGCCUCCUCUUAGCUGGCAUCGAUGAAGUGAAGCGGAUCCUAUGUAGCCCUCCAUCUGACCCUUCUCUCAGACUUUUGGAGGAUCAGGCAGAAAGACCUGUGAACAGCUGGGCCUCGGAUUUCAACACACUGGUGCCAGUAUAUGGCAAAGCCCGCUGGGCAACCAUCUCUAAAUGCCAGGGAGUAGAACGUCGUGGCCCAGAGCUUCCUAACACUGCACCUUUAGCCACAGCAGGACCCCUGAUUCCUGAAGAGAACAAGGAGAGGGUCCAAGGACUCCCUGAUUCCAGAGCCCUCAUGCUAGUCCCCAAUCACCAGCUUACUGCUGAGUGUUUUGAGAAAACUUGGCUGAGCCUCAAAGUUGCUCAUCAGCAGGUGUUCCCGUGGCAGGGAGCAGUCCAUCCUGACACCCUCCAGAUGGCCCUGCAAGUCGUGAACAUCCAGACCAUCGCGAUGAACAGGGCUGGGGCUCAGCCGUGGAAAGCCUACCUCAGCGCUCAGGAUGACACUGGCUGUCUGUUCCUGACAGAACUGCUGUUGGAGCCUGAGAACUUGCAAAUGCAGAUCUCAGUAAAACAAAACAAGGCGAGGACAGAGACACUGAACAGUUUUAUUUCUGUAUUAGAAACUGUGAUUGGAACAAUUGGAGACAUAAAAUCAUAACAGCUUCUUGCCUGUCCUGAGUGAGAUGAAUAGCUGUCAGAGUUCCUUAGUUUUUCUUAUUAUAGCUGCUUGUAAGUCCAGAUAAUAUCAAAGGCAAAGGAGAAUGGGAAUCUGGGAAUGAGAAUUCUUACAUUCUUGUCCAAAGAUCAUUGGUGAAUGACCCUGUUUUUCCAGGUGAUGUGGUAAAGGUUAAUGUGGUUGGUAAGGGGGUGGGAAUGGGGUGAGGGUAGGAUUUGGAUUCUUUCCUAAUCAGUUUAAGGGAUUAUUUUACUCAUUAAAGAUGCCUGAUGUGUCUGGAAACUUGACUGGGUCAUCAUUUGUGGGGGUCAUCUUUUCUUCCCUAGAUUAUUGCAGUAAAUUCCUUACUGUUCUCAUAUUUCUAAUCAUGCUUUUUAGGCCAGAGUUCAGAGUCCUUAGCCUGGCAUCUAAAGUACCUCUUCAGUGCCAUGUCUCAGCACUCCCCAGGAUACCCUCUGUUCUGGCAAAAGCAAACCACUUGCAGUUCCCUGAAUACACUUGGCUCUCUCUCACCUUUGUGCUUUGGUACCUGCUUUUUCUUCUUGCCUAGACCAUUUCCUCACCCUCAUGUCUUCUUUAAGUAACACCUCGUCUAUCUUUCAGUGUUCAGCUCAGGCAUGAGCUCUUUUAGGAAGUUUUCUGUGACCCUCCUGCCUUCAUCAGGGGUCUCAUUCAAGCUGUGAAAGCAGUCAGUGCACACGUCUAGCAGCACUGUUGUAAUUGUUUUCUUGUCACUCUUUCUCACGUUUAAUUUUAUUCAUACCUGACCACGUUUUAAUCACUGAGACAACUUAUGGCAAAAACAGAUGUAAUAAAGUGAUGGUAAAGUAUAAAUAACCAGGGAAUCCAGCACAGGAAAAAUAAAAAUACCUGUGAAAACCAGCUGGGUCAGGGAUGGGAACAUAUACAUAUGUUCAGGCUGAAAGGGCCUACGUAGUUGAUAUAGUUGAACCUCAGAUUUAGCUCUCUAAGAGAUUUGGUAGUCAGAAUAAAGAGAAAUGGUUGUAUAGUUGUUACAGGAGAGGAAGAAACAUUUCAAUUCUAAUUUUGAAGAGAAAUUUACAUGUAGUUUCACAUGGAUGGCACUGAGUGAUAUGCAGAAGAUUCCUAUGGGAAGUUAGUAAAGAGUUUCACAUGAUUUGCUUAUGGUGUUCUUCAGUACAAACAGCAUAACUUUAAUAUGGAGCUUAGUGAGGGCAUUUCUUCAAGGAUUACAGACACUGUGACCCAAAUAUCAUCCAGCUUAAUUUAAGGACUUCUUCCUAGAUACAUAGGUGGACUGCAUAUCCUUCAAAUAAUGCUUCACCAUCAUUUCUCUCAAUUAAGCUUUUAAUAAGAGUAGAUAACAGUGCUGAAUUUUCUGGCAAGGGCCUGGGUUUGUGAGUUGUCUGUCUCAACCAGACAGUUUCUAAGGACAGUGAUUAUCUUUCUUUCCUACUGUCUCUACGGUGCCGACCACAUAGCGAUGACUCAAUAAAUAGCAUUGAAUGAACGGCUGUAAGUAAUUAGAUUCUGAUGGUGUUUGGGGGUUGGUGUUUGAAGUGUGUUUUAUUAUAUUGUGUUGACCACAUAGAGGACAAUAGAUGGAAUUCCAUCUAGACUAGGGUUUCUCAAAAGUGGUACUACGGACAUUUGGGGCCAUAUAAUUCUUUGCCGUAGGGGGUUUUCCUGUGCACUGUAGGAUAAUCAUUAGCCAUAUCUCUGAUCUAUACCAUUAGAUGCCAAU